CACAUGUAUGUCUCUUUUUGGUUCAAUUUCCAGAGAAGAAUUUCAAUCGUGGGAGCAGUUUAUCUUCAUUUUAAUAAGAUAGAUGAUUUGAUUCACCUUUUCUGGAGUAUUUCUUUAUAAGAAAAAUAGGAUAAGUUUGGGUCCUAAAAUCGAAGGUUGGAUUCUUUGAUUCCUCCAGGCCUACAAAGAACAAAAAGAAUCUGCCAAUCACACUACACCCUACUCAAAAUGAAAAAUAAUAAAAGCAAAAGGGAGAGAAAAUUGAAAAAGAAAGAAAUAUCCAUUAUAGAAUUACCCAUCAAACAAUUUUAUUUUUUCCUCAAAGCUUCUCAGAGUGUUAGGAUAGUUCCACCCAUUAUUCAUCAUGGUGGGGCUACCAAACUCAUCAUGGAAUCAAAGAGAGGGAUAGAAAGAGGUGGAAAAACAGCAAGAUAAAAACAAACCAUACACUUUUCUUCUUUUCUCUCCUUUUGAGAGAUCCAAAUUGAACUGUGUUGCUUUCUCUGUUUUUGCUGCAUCAUAGAUUCUUUCCCACCUCCCCCCUUUCAAGUCAAAGAAGAAAGAAGGAAAUUUUAAUAAAGAAAAGUUAGUAUGAAAUGGGUGGUGGGAGAAAGGAAGAGCCACAGCUCAUGGGCAUAUAUUCCCCUCCAACAUAACCCCACUCAUGUUUCCAGAUAUGGAGUGAGAACAUAGGACAGCCAACAACUCCAAAAUUAUAAAGAGAAGGACACAGCUGCCGCUCUAUUGAACCAUAGCCAAAAAGGAUCGCCACCCCAUAUUUAUGUUUCACUCUUCUACUUACCCUUUCAUCCACAAAACCAAACAAUGGGUCUCCAAAAUUUUCAAAAUCAGGACAUGAACUUGGUUUUGUCCACUGAUGCUAAACCUAGGCUAAAAUGGACUCCAGAGCUACAUCAAAGGUUUGCUGAAGCUGUCAGGCAACUUGGAGGAGCAGACAAGGCAACACCAAAGAGUCUGAUGCGGGUGAUGGGAAUUCCUGGACUUACUUUGUACCACCUCAAGAGCCAUUUACAGAAGUACAGGCUGGGUAAGAGCCAGCCAUCACAGUCACAGUCACGGUCUCAGUCUCCGUCUCUGUCUCAGGCCAGCAAUGAGAAUAAGAAGGAAGAUUAUAAAGAGAUCCAAAGUAGUAAUCGUGAUCUAAGAGCAGGAAUUUCUGAGGGAAAUCAAAAUCCAAUUAAUGAAAGCUUUCAGAUUGCUCAGGCUCUCCAAAUGCAAAUGGAAGUGCAGAGGAAACUUCAUGAACAGAUUGAGGUACAAAGACAUUUACAACUGAGAAUAGAAGCUCAAGGGAAAUACUUACAGUCGGUAUUGAAAAAGGCACAAGAAACACUUUCUGGAUAUAGUUCUUCUUUGGGAAUAGAACUUGCAAAAGCUGAACUAUCUCGAUUAGUCUCAAUGGUUAGCACUGGAUGUAAAAGCUCUUCAGUUUCAGAAUUGACAGAAAUUGGAGUUUCAUGCUUAAAAGAAACAGAGAGGAAACAAACGAGAGGCACAUUUUGUUCAAUGGAAAGCUCCUCGACAUCAUCUGAGAGCUCUGGGAGAAAGGAAGAUAUGAAACAAAAGAGUGAGUUGGGUGACAACAAUAAGUCCGAUCCUGCUUUCAUUGAGCUUCCUUUAAUGGAUAUUCACCCUCAAGAAAAGCCAUGGAAUAAUCACACAAGCGAUCAAGUGAAGAAGAGUUGCAGCACAAUUUCUGAUGGCAUCUGCAUAGAGCAGCCACUGGCGAAAAGAUCAAGAAGUGGUGACAAAUUGAGAAUAGAUCUCAAUAGCCAUUAUCAGAAUGACUUCGAAUCAGGUUCAAAAACAAUAGACCUGAAUUGCAAGGGAAUUGAACAAGUGAAUGGGCAACUCUAGAGUUUUGGGAGCAUUGUACUGGAAGGGUUUUAGUAAUUUGGUCUUUGCAGAGAAAUUUAAUAGUUAGAGUUAAAAUCUUUGUUUAUAAACUAUGUAUAUUGGUGGUAUUUGUAUGGAGCCCCUGGAACUUUUCACGGUAUAUCCAUAUCAAAAGAUGGUAUAAUAUGUAUUGUGUGGAUGCAUCUUUGUGUA